AUGCCCAGACCAGCCUUCAUGUGCAUAAUUCUACCAGCUUGUGAUGGCGAACAUUUUCCAAAAACAGCUGUUCAUGAGCUUGAAGUCUUUCUUGAAGUCGUUCUUUCGAAGCUCGGUCACCCGAUGAAUCCUACCGCAACUCAAGACAGACAGCUGGAUAUUUCGAUAACGCAAGACAUACUUUUCUCAUCUCAAAGAUUCGGAACGAGUUUUUCCAUUGAUACAUAUAUUUCACCGUCUUGUAUGAUCUCCGAAGCAAUCGAAAAAGGUCGAGAAUUCGCUCAAGAAAAUCUGGGAUCCCCCACUGUCAGUAUGGCUCAUAGCCCAAGAGUAAAUAUCAUUAGCAUCGAGAUACGUAAUCCAGGCCUUGGCCCUACUAGAGUCGAUUCGCUCAUGAAAGUCGACUACUAA